AUGUAUAUUCAAUUCGGACAUCAAGAAUAUUUAAAUUUCUCAUCAUCAAAUGCAUUUAAUGAUUUAAUUCAAGAAUUAAAUGACUUAUUAGGUGAAAAUACCUAUAUUAUUGAAAAAAAUGGCAAGAAAAUAGAUUUAUCAAAUGAAUAUCAAUUAUUAGAAGAUGAAACAUAUAAAAUUUGGCCUAAAGUACUUGGAGGAAAAGGUGGUUUUGGAUCUUUAUUACGUUCAUUUGGUAAACAAAUUCUUAUAUCGAAAAAUAAAGAAGCUUGUCGAGAUUUAAAUGGACGACGAAUGAGAGAUGUAAACAAUGAGAAAAAACUUAAGGAAUGGAUGCAAAAACAAUUAGAAAAAUCUGCUACAUCAUCAACGGAUCAUAAAAGUAAAUCAUCAGCAGAUGAAGAGAAAAAUGAUUAUCGAAGUGUUCCACCACCACAUAAAUUUUCUGAUACGGCUUAUGAUGAACAAAAAAAACAAAUUGCUGAAGAUAUGAACGAAGCUGUACAAAUCGCUGCUGAAUUAAUACAUGCAGAAAAGAAAAAGAAAAAAUCAUCAACAGCAAUUAGUACACGAGACAAUGAUAAUGAUGAUGAUGGUGAAAAAGUGACAACAACCAAAAAGCGACGUCAUUCAGAUGACACACUUGAAGAUGGAGAACUCAAAACUAAGAAAACAAAAAAAGAAAAAGGAGCUAAUGCAGCAUUUUUUCUAGGUAUUGAUCUUGGUGAUGUAUCAAGUGACGAUGAUGAUGAUGAAGCAGCUCAUGCAAAUGAUGCAAAGAAAAAAAAAUUGGCUAAGAAAACAUAA